CAUAUAUAUAUAGUUCACAUUAUUAAUCUCAUAUAUAAUUUUUGUUGUAGUCAUAUAAUAAUUAAUUUAUUAAUUAAUUUAUUAUAAUUAUUGUCCUCAAUUAACGAGAGAGAGAAAUGAACGAUAUAAACAUGGAGUUGGAAGCGUUGGCAGAUGUUAUGAAUGGUAUACUCGAUAUCAAUGGUAACAACACCACCACCACAACCACCACCAUUGUUGGCAAAGACAUCGACGAAAAGAUCAAACUGAGAGAAGAGCAGCUGAAACGAAGGGCCGACUCUGAUAUGAAAAGAUAUUGGGAAGGGUUGCCCACCAAACAUGAUCACGACAAGAGUGUGGCCUUUUUGUCCGGUCUGAAUAGGGAUCUGAUUAUUUGUCCCAAUUGUCGACAAACAUAUUUGUCGCCGUCGGCUUCGUCCGCUUCGACUACCGAUUGGUUGGGUUGUAUGUCUUGCGGUAUACGCUUCGAUACACCCGAGGGUAUGGCCAUCGAUAUGAUAAUCCAUAAGAUUAGACAAUUAGUGGCCAAUCAUGACCGAAGUCAGCGACACUUUAACAUUGAUGACUAUGAUGACGAUGGCGAUUGUGGUUUACUACAGAUUGAUUGGAUUUCAACCAAUGAUUUGGUUAUCUAUUGUGACACUUGUGACUAUUUUGAGCACAUCCUCUAAAAAAAAAAUAAACCCCAAAAUUAAUUAAUUAUAAUUUAAUUAAAACUCUCAAUUGAUUUAUUCAAUA